AUGCUCCGGCCAUGGCUCACCAGCGGCGCUGUCCGCACAGUCUCCCGGGCACCUUGUUUAUUUCGCCUGUUGAUUCCGUGUAAUAAUUUCUCCUCCGCUCUUACCCUCCAAACGGACCGCAUUCCUCUUCGCAAACAACUCAAGCAGGAAGCCAAAAGCCUCAAGGCCCAGAAGAAACAACGCAGGGAGAACGAAGAGGCUUCACGGCAAGAAUGGGAACUUACAGUUGGCGUGGAGAUCCACGCGCAAUUGGACACGGCUGCAAAGCUAUUCUCCAAAGCGGCCACAUCCACGAGUGCUACCCCAAAUUCCAAUGUCGCAUUAUUCGACCUGGCAUUCCCAGGUAGCCAGCCUCAAUUUCAAGCCGCCACCCUUCUCCCAGCCCUCCGCGCCGCGAUCGCCUUAAACUGCCAAAUCCAACCUGUCAGCCGCUUCGACCGAAAACAUUAUUUCUACCAAGACCAGCCCUCGGGAUACCAAAUUACCCAAUAUUAUGAGCCAUUUGCGCGCAAUGGUUAUAUCGACCUAUUCGACUACGACGGGAUCGCACCGGAGGAUGGGAAACGCGUUCGCAUAGACAUCCAACAAGUCCAGUUGGAACAGGAUACCGCCAAAUCCCAAGAAUACCCAGGCCCAACCUCCACGCAACUCCUCGAUUUCAAUCGUGUCUCUCAUCCCCUUAUCGAGAUCAUCACCCUGCCCCAGAUUCAUACCCCCGCAACAGCUGCAGCCUGCGUGCGAAAAUUACAGUCCAUCCUACUGGCCUGCGGAGCCGUGACAACUGGGAUGGAAUUGGGUGGUUUGCGUGCCGAUAUCAACGUCUCGAUUCGACGACGGAGCGAGACACUUGGCGGGCUAGGCCAGCGCACCGAGAUCAAGAAUCUUAGCAGUUUCAAGGCCGUCGAGGACGCCAUUGUGGCUGAGAAGAACCGUCAAAUCGCAUUACUCGAAAGUGGCGGCAAGGUACAAGGCGAGACGCGAGGAUGGACCAUCGGUAGUACUGAGACUCAUCUACUUCGAGGGAAGGAAGGCGCCGUCGACUAUCGCUACAUGCCAGAUCCGGAUAUCCCCCCACUGGUCAUUGGCGAAGACCUCAUUGCUCGCCUCCAAGAAACUCUUCCCAUGGCGCCCGAUACAUUACUGAUGCAGCUGAUCGGGCCAGAAUACGGUCUCCCACUUGAAGAUGCCAAACCUUUGAUCGAAUUAGACGACGGUGCUCGUCUCGAGUACUACCAAGAUGUUGUGGACAUUCUUCAUAAAGACGACCUAGACAAACCUACGCAGGCGGCUCUCGCGCGAACGGCAGGUAACUGGGUCCUCCACGAGCUAGGCGGACUCUUGACCAAAGCAGACGAAACCUGGCGCUCAGAUAUCGUGCCAGCCCAGUCUCUCGCUGAUUUAAUUGACCAUAUCCACCGGAAUCUUGUAACUGGACCUACGGCCAAACAAGUCCUAGCUGCGAUCUUCGAUGGAGAUCAUCGGCCGGUACCCCAAAUGUUGGAGGAAGAUAAUCUCCUGCUCCGUCCCUUGUCGCGUGAGGAAUAUAUCACAUUAGCCGAGUCAGUCAUUGCACUAAACCCGAAGAUGAUCGAGCAGAUCCGUGGUGGUCAGUUAGGGAAACUGGGCUGGUUUGUGGGUCAAAUGAUGCGCACAGGUGAAAAAGGUCGCGUAGAAGCGCCCAAGGCUGAGUCCUUUCUCCGCGAGCUUAUUCUGGAAGAAAAAGUAUAG